UUGUCUAUUGAAUUGAACUAUUGAUGUAAAAAUGAAUGAAUAAGAAUUGACUACAGUUGGAAAGAGAAGAGAAAAUACCUUUAAUAAUUUUGUGUAAGCAAUUUUAUUCAAGUAUUUGUGGUAAAUUUUACGAAAUUAUAGAAUCACAAUAAAAACAGGUCAAAAUGUUAAGAUUUCGUCCCAAAUUAGGGAGUGAGCGUAACAGCGAAUGGCGCUGUUGCUUCUGUCUACAUGUGCGCACAGGCACCAUUCUCUUGGGGACAUGGCACCUCAUGCUGCACCUCAUAGCGUUAGGAGUCCUAGCUGCUAUAGUACGCGAUCCCCGACUGCUUGACGAACUGGAGCGAGACUCUGCACCUGUCCCGAACUGGAGCGAUGUAGCGCGAGGCAAUGAAGCCAUUCCCACGCCUCUUUCCAACGUGGAGCCUCCACCAAGCUCGUUCCCGCAACAUGUUGAACCACCCAGAGAUCACAGCCUUAUAUAUCAUGAUGUGGAUGUGGGUGCACUGGUUACAGUGUGUACCCUGGCCAUCACAUUCAUGCUGAUCUACGGAGCCGCGCUCGGCAAGCCGGCCCAUCUACUUCCUUUCUUCUGUCUUCAGAUCUUCGACUUUGCUAUCACUGUCCUGACCGCUACGGGCUACCUAUGCUACUUGCGCUCCAUCCACCGACUGGUGGCAGAGACCCGGCGCGUGCCUUGGCGUGCUCAGUUGCUGCAGCUGCCGGCGCCCUGUCUCGCACUCGUCGUACUCUCUGCAUUCCUACUUGCCGUGCUGCUCAAGGGCUACUGUAUCAGCGUAGUAUGGCGCUGCUACAAGUACCUGACGAUGCGCGCGCACGCACUACAGACUCCGUUCGUGAUCUCGAGCGAUGACGUAGUGAGCACGGGCCAGAUGCCGGCGUACGCGGCCGCGCCCGUGCCCGACUACUCCAGCCUGCUGCCGGACUACGAGGAGGCCGUCAAACAGACUCCGCCGCCCUCGUACCGCGCCGCCACGCUCAUGGCCGCCGCUGACCCCUCGCUUACAACCGUUCAGGAGAGGGCACAGAGUGAGCAAGCAGUGCCGCAGGCGACUCACACCAUGGUGGUGCUGCCACAGAACGGCACGCAGGCGCGCGUCUGAAUCUCAUUCUAUAUCUGACAGCACCGAGGAUUCUCACACAUAAGGGCUAUUUAAUGACGACAUAAACUUCUUCGUAGCGCUACUGCUAUAUAAAUGCUAUGUUCAAAUCUUUCCCAAUACAAGCUGGAUGUAUGGAAUUAUUUUGUAAAGCGAUAUCACGGCAUCAUAGAAAACGACGUGAAAUAACGCUUGCGUUGUGUGAGUGAGAUAACCGGAGACCCAAUUAUCCCCCUUCUCAAUCUUCCCAAUCCCCGAUUCCUCCAACAACUGUAAUUCCUAACCCCCAAAAGGCCGCCAACACCUUUGGUGUUUCGGGUGUCCAUGGGCGGUGAUGCUGACAAUCAGGUGAACCGUCUGCCCGUUUACCGGCUUAUUCCACAAAAAAGCGAUGUCUACUUAUACUGGAAAAGAAUCCAAUUCUAUUAUACCGAUAUCUGACAUAGUAAUUAUUUGGUGCUCUACAGUAGCGCUCAAAUCUUGCAACUGCACGAUUUGCACUAAAAUUACUGCACAGCAAGUAGAAUCAUCUAAAGAUCUGUUGAUAUUUACAAGCCAGGCCCUUAUGAUUGUUAUUAUUAAUAAAUUUUGGUUAUAAUCCUCGUUGCUUUCAUUUAAAAAACUUAAUAUCUAAAGUUAUUUUUUAAAAUCUUUGUCUUUCACUUUCAUCUAGUUGUAUAUUUAUUUUUAGAGAAGUCACUGAGAUCGUUUUCGUAUUAUUUAUUUUUAUUUUGUAAUAUUAAUACUGUUGUAAUUCUUGUGCUUGACUCUGUGGGAUAGGGCCACAGGUAAAAUAUCUCGUUUUGUCAUACCAGGAGUAUUGUGCCAUUGCGUUGAUUGUAAUAAAUUUUAUUUUUGUACUUCAUGAAAUCAUUAGGAUUAUAUUCCUUCCGAAUCAUUGGAUACACCGUUAAGUACACCCGAGGCACUCGACAAGGUAUCUCGUUCGUUAGAAUUUCUGUACUUAGUUUAAUUUACUAUGUUGGAUAUAUUUUAUGAUAAUUUUGUUAUAAAGAUGUCUUCGACAGUAUUUUGUUUGAAAUGUAUACAAAUAUAAAUUGAUUUAUACAUUCCUGAAUUUUGCAUUGUCAAACUUAGUGUGGCGUCAAUUUGUGACAUUACGCCGUCCAUUAUUAUUUGACUGGUAGUGGCCUCGAGUCCUGACGUUGCAGUAGUGUGCAUCAGUAUAGCUGUUGUAUUGAACUGUAGUUAACCACUUGAUGUAAUGUCACAGUUAAAACUCAUUUGUAUUUGUAGGUAGAAAAAUAAAAUCAAGUCUCUAUGAAUAUAAACUCACUCUUUUAAUACAGUUUUAUUAACGUGAUUAUUUCGAUGGGCUUAUGAGUUUACACUCUUAAAAUUAUCAUAGCUGUUUGAAAUAAUGAUUUGAAUAAAUCUGUGUAAUAUAAACUUGAGAAUUAUUUGAUUACAUGGUGUAUGACUACUCAGGGUUGAUAGUAAUCUGAGCUUGCAGUAGCGUUCCUCGUGAGAUCUAUAAUUAUAUCUUAUAAAUAUAAUAGGAAAGUACAUUCAUAUGUAAUAGUUAUUCACGUUUGUUUCACCGACACUGACCGGAUUUGUUUGUGCUACCAUGGAACUUGGGCAGAGACGCGUGCCACUCAUAGGUGCCUUAUCAUAUCGCUAACGAUUAUUUGUAGUACCUAAUCUUGUGAAACAUCAUUCUAAACAUAGGUACGUACUGUGUAAUUAUAUGUAACUGUAGUACCUUACCUUAGAUAGGGUGUGACGUAGACCUUGCUGUUCUCAACGCUUUAUGUGGUAAUUUGGUAAGACACCGUAAGUAGUUUCGUAUUGGCCUAAAGUAUGGAAAUGCGUCAGCGUUCACUUCUACUACGCUUUUAUGUAUGUACCUAAUUGUAAUGAUAGGCCUCGCCCAAUCAUAAUAGUUUACUAAUAACGUUAAAAGCCAAAUCUCGUUAAUGUUAGUUGUCAGAUUCGUGUCAUUUCCAAUUUCAUGUGUAUUAGUGGUUAGUGGGAAUUGGGCGGACAUUAGAUUAUCUCAUUGAUCGAAAUUAUUUGCUCAGUUUUAACAACUAACACUAUCUUAUGUUGUUUAUGAAAUUCUUAGUUAUUUCGUCUAUUUUAGUACCUACAUUGUAAAUGCACUAAUGAUAAAUUGACGUGUAUAACUAAUUACUUAUUAAAUUAUACUUAAUGUAAAAUAUUCUUGAAAUAAAUCAUAAAUAAAAACUA